CAACCUUGAAUUUUGAAAAUGUGGGAAACAAAUAUUGAGAAAGUAAAUCGAUUCCAAUCCUUUACUCAACAUUAUCAUCCUAUACAAAACUCUAUGGAAAUUCUGCCAUUAAGUAUGGAACACUGCCUAAUGUGUACCAGUGGAGAGCUCCUCUGUUUGGGCUACCUAGGAUUUACAGGGGGGUUUAAAUCGUUAAAUAACCAUAGUUAACCCCUGUUUGGUUAUGAGAGCAAGCAGUUGUUGCAAAAAUUCCUCUCCUCUGCCUUCCACAAACAGAACAAAAAUUGCUCUGAAGGGAUUUACACAAUACAUCAACAUCUGUGCUGUACCUAGAGUUGUUAAAAUAAUUGUGAUGACAGGUGUCUAGGUACCACUUUCUUAAUGGUUUUCAAUAUCCAUUGAUUUAUUGUUGUGGCUUUCCUUCCCCCUUUUACAUCUUUGGCUUUAUGAAGGAUCCGAGGAACAGAUUUUGCACGAGAGGCUGAUUCUUUAUUCCAGUACUGAAAAGAACUAAUAAAAAUAAUCACUUGGCUUUUAAGCAGAAAGCUUCCAUUUACAGUAUUUCACCCUUACUCCCCCCCCCCCCCACACACACUUCCAAGCCCCUUGUUAUCUAACAUAAUGGUUAGAAUACAUUUCCGUCUCUCCCCUUAAUAAUUUCAUGCAUUAACAUCCUCUUUACACACCACACACACACACACGCGCGCGCGCACACACACACACACAGAGCAAAAGGAAAAAAAGGCAGCAGAAAUCUCAGCUGUACUUCUAGCCCUUUUAAAAAGUUUGCUCUGUAAAUUGGAAUGAGGUCAGAUUUGGAGCUUCUCAUUGCACGCGGAGAUUAUUAUUGCAUCGGGUUCCAAGCCAAUGGGAAGCCCGGGGGAGGGGCUUGGCACGAGGAAGCGUUGGUUACAGCGGCUGAUUGGCCGUGGCCAAGACUGUGAAAGGAUAAAGAGGCGCGAGGCGGAAUUGGGGUCUGCUCUAAGCUGCAGCAAGAGAAACUGUGUGAGGGGAAGAGGCCUGUUUCGCUCCCGGGUCUCUAGUUCUUGCACGCUCUUUAAGAGUCUGCAUUAGAGGAACUCUGCCAUUACCAGCUCCCUUCUUGCAGAAGGGAGGGGGAAACAUACAUUUAUUCAUGCCAGUCUGUUGCACGAAGGCUUUUUGGCUUCCUACCUUGCAACAAAAUAAUUGCACAAACUCCUUAGUGCCGAUUCCGCCCACAGAGAGUCCUGGAGCCAGAGUCUUUUUUGCUUUGCAUUGUAGGAAAGGGACUAAGUGAUAGAGACUAUGUCGCUUUCCUGAGCUCCUGAGAGAGCGCUCGUGAACUGGAACCAACUGCUUCAGGGGAAGAAAAAAAAAAAAAAAAAAAAAAAAGACUUGCCUGGGAGGCGGCGAGAAACUUGCACUGGAAGCUUCAGCAACCAGCAUUCAAGAAACUCCUCUCCACUUUAGCACGGUCUCCAGACUCAGAGCCGAGAGACAGAGCAAACUGCGGCGCGGUGAGAGAGAGAGAGAAAGCGAGAGCCAGAAGGAGAGGGAGGGAGAGACUCUCCAGCCUGGGAACUAUAACUCCUCUGCAAGAGGCAGACUACUCCUUCCCCGCAUCUUUGGGAGACUUUUCUCUCUUCGCCCAACGCCGCCCCGGCGAGGAGUGGAGGGGCCCGCACGGCCGCCGCGCGCGUUCUCCCGCUCGGCGUGUGCUUGGCCCGGGGAGCCGGGAGGGCCCGGCGAUCGCGCCGCGGCCGCCGCGAGGGUGUGAGCGCGCGUGGGCGCCCGCCGAGCCGGGGCCAUGGUGCAGCAAACCAACAACGCCGAGAACACGGAAGCGCUGCUGGCGGGCGAGAGCUCGGACUCGGGCGCCGGCCUCGAGCUGGGCAUCGCCUCCUCCCCCACGCCCGGCUCCACCGCCUCCACGGGCGGCAAGGCCGACGACCCGAGCUGGUGCAAGACGCCGAGCGGGCACAUCAAGCGACCCAUGAACGCCUUCAUGGUGUGGUCGCAGAUCGAGCGGCGCAAGAUCAUGGAGCAGUCGCCCGACAUGCACAACGCCGAGAUCUCCAAGCGGCUGGGCAAACGCUGGAAGCUGCUCAAAGACAGCGACAAGAUCCCUUUCAUUCGGGAGGCGGAGCGGCUGCGCCUCAAGCACAUGGCUGACUACCCCGACUACAAGUACCGGCCCAGGAAGAAGGUGAAGUCCGGCAACGCCAACUCCAGCGCCUCGGCCGCCGCCUCCUCCAAGCCGGGGGAGAAGGGAGACAAGGUCGGUGGCGGGGGCGGCCACGGGGGCGGCGGCGGCGGCGGCGGGAGCGGCAACGCGGGGGGAGGAGGCGGCGGCGCGAGCGGCGGCGGCGCCAACUCCAAACCCGCGCAGAAAAAGAGCUGCGGCUCCAAAGUGGCGGGCGGCGCGGGCGGCGGGGUCAGCAAGCCGCACGCCAAGCUCAUCCUGGCGGGCGGCGGCGGCGGCGGCGGCGGGAAGGCGGCGGCCGCGGGCGCCUCCUCCUCCUUCGCGGCCGAGCAGGCGGGGGCCGCUGCCCUGCUGCCCCUGGGCGCCGCCGCGGCCGCCGCCGACCACCACUCGCUGUACAAGGCGCGGACUCCCAGCGCGGCCGCCUCGGCCUCCGCGGCCGCCUCCGCCGCGCCGGGCCUGGCGGCCCCGGGCAAGCACUUGGCCGACAAGAAGGUGAAGCGCGUCUACCUGUUCGGAGGCCUGGGCGCGUCCUCGUCGCCCGCGGGCGGCGUGGGCGCGGGCGCCGACCCCAGCGACCCCCUCGGCCUGUACGAGGAGGGGGGCGCGGGCUGCUCGCCCGACGGGCCGAGCCUGAGCGGCCGCAGCAGCGCCGCGUCGUCGCCGGCCGCCGGCCGCUCGCCCGCCGACCACCGCAGCUACGCCAGCCUGCGCGCCGCCUCGCCCGCCCCGUCCAGCGCGCCGUCGCACGCGUCCUCGUCGGCCUCGUCCCACUCGUCGUCGUCCUCGUCGUCGGGCUCCUCGUCCUCCGACGACGAGUUCGAAGACGACCUGCUCGACCUGAACCCCAGCUCAAACUUUGAGAGCAUGUCCCUGGGCAGCUUCAGCUCGUCGUCGGCGCUGGACCGGGACCUGGAUUUUAACUUCGAGCCCGGCUCCGGCUCGCACUUCGAGUUCCCGGACUACUGCACGCCCGAGGUGAGCGAGAUGAUCUCGGGAGACUGGCUGGAGUCCAGCAUCUCCAACCUGGUCUUCACCUACUGAGAGGGGGGCGCGCGCGCGCGGGCCGGGAGCAGAGGGCCGGGUUGGGGAGGGGGGGGGGGGAGAGGAAAACAAAGAGAGAGAGAGCGAGAGAAGUGGACAGAGGAAGAGUUGGAAGAGAAAAGGGAAAAUUGAAAAAAAAAAAAAAAAGGAAAAGAUUAAAAAAAAAAAGCGAGCAGGGCCGGCUUGGGCCGCGUCGCGGUCGCGGGAGAAAGCGCGGCGGCGUUUUGGGGACCCGCGCUCCCAUCCCCCAGCUGCCCGGCCGCGGGGACGCGGAGGAGGCGGCGGGGAGACGGGGUGGGGGGGGCGACCUUUUAUUGUUCUUGAUGUUGUUGUUGAUGGCAAAAAAGCUACUUGGAGUUUCCUCCCCUUUGCCCGAAGAGACACCCCCACACACACCCCCCCACUUCCAACGAGCUUCCGGACUUGUCUGCUGCUCCCCCAGCAAGAAGCCGACUUGAUAGUUUUUUCUAGAGACUGAAGGAAUCUCGUCCCUUUCUCAUCGCCCCCUUGCUGUUUUUGCUUUAUUUUAUCUCAUUUCUUGAUCGAGAGAGGAGGGGGAAAAAACAACAACAAAAAAAAAAAAAAGAAAGAAAAGAAAAGAAAGAAACCCAACGCGCCCCUGGGGAUUUAGUUCUCAGCACCCCCGCCACCCCCCCUCCCCCUGAAGAAGACAGAAGGCUCCGGGCGUGGAAUUGGACCGAAGGCUGAUCUUUUGGGGGGUCGCGCAGGCUCGAGACGCGCCGGGACUGAGAGACUCCACGCUGGCGGAUUCCCGUUUUGCUGGGUUUUGCCUCCCUUUUUACUUUUUUUCCCUUUCUUUCUUCUUUCCUUCCUUCCUUUUUUUUUUUUUUUUUUUUUUUCCUAGCCCCCUCCCGCAGCUGGAGGAGGAGGUGAUGCGGAGAUCCCGGUGGGGAGCCCGGCGAGGGGCGCGGGGCGGGACGCGGGGGUGGGGGGCUGCGGAGGAACUGGGACGGGUGUGCACGCUCGGGGAGCAAGCAGGUGGCGCGUCCCGGCGGCCCCCGCUCCGCGCCAUCCCCGCAAUCAGAGAGGUGAGACUGGGCGGCCCGCGGGCGUGCAGGAGCGCGGACUGUUUGAUGUGGUACCGGGGGGCCGUGGAGGGGCGAGUGGUUUCGGGCGGGGGGAAAAAAAAAGAGGUUUUUUUCUUCUCUUAAUCGGAAUCGUGAUGGUGUUGGAUUAUUUCACUGGUGGGGUUAAUAUAGCAUGUUAUCCUGUCUAUCUUUUAAAGAUUUCUGUAUAAGACUGUUGAGCAGUUUUUAAAAUAGUGUAGGAUAAUAUAAAAAGCAGAUAGAUGGCGCUAUGUUUGAUUCCUACAACAAAAUUAUCACCAGCUUUUUUUCAUUCUUAACUCUUUAAAGGAUUCAAACGCAACUCAAAUCUGUGCUGGACUUUAAGAAAGAAAGAAAAAAAACCACAAUUCAGGACCAAAUUUUUUCUCAGUGUGUAUGUGUUUAUUCCUUAUAGGUGUAAAUGAGAAGACGUGUUUUUUUCCCUCACCGAUGCUUCAUCCUCGUAUUUUUUUUUCCUUGUAAAUGUAAUCAGAUGCCAUUUUAUAUGUGGACGUAUUUAUACUGGCCAAACAUUUUUCUUUCCUUAUUUUGUCCCUUUUUUACUUUAACCUUUUCGUUUGCUUUCUUUUUUUUACUUCCUUUCUUCCUUCCUUUUCUUUUUUUUUUUUCUUUUGUUUUUGUUGGAUUUUUUGGUUUUUGGUUUGGUUUUUUUUGUUUUUUUGUUUUUGGUAGUUUGUUGUUAC